AUGGGGGAGCCACACAACGCGACAGCCAUGUACGACGAGCUGUACCUCCUCUUCGAUGACUACAUUAUAAAAAAUAGCAAAAAACCCAACACGUACGAGUCCCUAUUCCGCAAAAAGGAAUUCCUCCAAUUUGCAAAGCUCCAUGGCACAAACGCAGUAGUCACUUCCCCAAAGGAAGUAAUAAAAAAUAAGGACGAGAUUAUAGACGAGCUCAUUUACGCAUUUAAGCUCUUUGCAAAGUACACGAAAGUGGAAGAUAUUAAUACCAAAUAUUUAAAAUAUUUACUCAUCCCAUACAUACUAGGUGUCCUAUGCUAUGAGACAAUAAACAUGGAGAUUAGAAGCGACCGAUUGAAAGACGCAAAGUUAUACUUUGCAGAGUUCAUCAGUGUGGUGAAUACGUAUAAUAUAACCCCAGUAGAUGAUUACCUCCUGGAUAAGGUCGAUGACACAUCACAGGCGAUGAACAGGAGGAACAUCAAGGUUAAAAGAGCCAAGGACGAAAAGAAGUAUCAGGACUUGUAUGAUGAUAUUAUUAAAAUAAAAACGAAUAUGAAGAGAGGUGUCUCUCAGAAUUAUAACCCCUCCUGCUUUUCUGAUGACGUGGAGGAGGAACAACUUAGGGAACUCUGUCUCUCCUUGAUAAAGUGCAAAUGCCUUCAAACGCUUAACAUGAUGGACUUGAUAGACACAGAGCUAGAAGUCUUGGAGAUGCGCAGCAGGCAGAACGAUCUAAAUAAACAGCAACAGAAUGGACAGCUUACAAACGAUGCCAAGCAGUCACAUCAUGGGCAACUCCCCCAGAACAACCACCCAAAUGGUGGAGUUAAAAAGCCUUGGUUGUUCACCAUCAAAAAGAAUAUGGCUCCUGCUGAUAUGACCCAAAUGAGGAACUACUACAGAGACCUCGUCUUCACCCCCGCACAUAACUUACCUACUAUAUCGCUAGAGGAGUGCGCGAAAAUCGAAAUGGAAUACGCCGUCAAAGGUAAGGGGGGGGUCAACACGCUCGGCAGCGAUGACGAACGGGGGGGAAGCCCAACGAGUGGUGCGCAAAAGAGUGGUGCGUUAAAGAGUGGUAAGCAAAACGGCGCUGAUGAUGAAGACGAAUACGAAAAAUGCUCCGAGGAAAGCGAGAAGGAGGUCAUGGAUAGGGAGUGGGACGACUGGAAGGAUAUGCACCAGAAGGGAAUUGGGAACAAAAACAGAAACGUUGCUUGA